CACAACAACAUAAAAAUACCUUUUCUUUGCUAUGAUAACGGUUUCUGUUGUAACCAAAUAUAGAGAAAUUGAUUGGAAGUGAGAUAAUCAUUACCUCUAAAUAUAGCAAACCAUAUCUACCAAUCCCCUUUCCAUUUUUCUCUCUUUCUCUUACCAACGUAUCAUCACAACAUGGAUAAUCAAUCUUGUAAUCAUCAUCAUCAUCACCUUUCAUUUCAUCAUUCUCUGAGGGCUCCUCAAUUCUUUUGGAGCCCUGGAUUUUGCUUGCUUCUGAUCUUUCAAUUUUAGAGCUACUAAUCUGCUACUACAUGUUCAGAUUACUUAGGUACCUUAUUGUCAGUGUGGAACCUGGCAUUGGCAUAUCAACCUAAAAAUGGGGUUGAAACUUACAACGGAGAGUCCACAACAUAAAAUUAGUAGUCCAACAAGUUUGGAACUACAUCAUAGAAUGAUUCAUUACCUUACCAAGAAUUUUAUCCGUAACUUGGUAUCUAAGCAAAGGAGAAGAAUGCUUAUUGCUGGUUAUGAUCUUGACAUGUCAUAUAUCACAGAUAGAGUAUUAGCAAUGUCAUUUCCUGCUGAACGUAUGAGAGCAGUGUAUAGAAAUCCUCUCUGGCAAGUCAAAUCUGUGUUGGAUAUGAGACAUUUUGAACAUUAUAAGGUCUAUAAUUUGUGCAUAGAAGAAAAUUAUGAUCCAGAACACUUCCAUGGUCGUGUGGAAGCAUACCCUUUUGAUGACAAUCAUGUGCCAUCUCUUGAAAUGAUUAAAGCUUUCUGUGAAAGUGUGGAUUCAUGGCUGGCAAAAGAUCCAAAAAAUAUUGCUGUUAUUCAUUGCAUGGCAGGUAAAGGUAGAACUGGUUUGAUGGUGAGUUCAUACCUAACUUAUUGCGGCAUGUCAGCAGACGAAGCUCUUCAAUUAUAUGCCGAUAGAAGGACAACGAAUAAUGAAGGAGUAUCAAUACCAAGCCAACGUCGAUAUGUAGGGUACUGGGAAAGUCUACUUUCUGUCCCCAGAGGAACUGGAUAUGGACCUCCAACUGUGAAUUUGCCUCAACCAUGUAACAGAGAAUUGCGACGAAUCCGACUGUAUGAUACUGUCAACAUUGACACAGUUUUCUUUGUUAUAUCAGAACUGCAGGAGAUUCCAAAUGAGGUCUACCGUCCACCAGUGGAAGUUUAUAGGAGCGGCUGCAGAGAGGUUAAGAAAGGUUAUCAAAGAACACAGAGUCCUCGCUAUUAUAUUUCCAUUCCUGAAGGUGAUGAAGAUGGAGUAGCAUCAGAAAUAGAAGAACCUCGUGUUGUAGUUCAAAUGGAUACAGAGAGUCCUGCAAUAUACCAAAAAUCUUGUUUGGACCAUUAUUUUGAUAAACCUAUACAAGUAACUGGAGAUGUACGUGUGAUAUUCUACGAGAAAAUGAUCGGAGGCCGUCUUUUCUACUGCUGCUUUAAUACAGCUUUUAUUAGGAACAGCUUACUGCAGCUCACAGUAACGGAAUUGGACAAAGUUGGGAAGAAAGGAAGAUCAAUAUGUGGCCCUACAUUUUGCCUAGAAUUGUUGUUUGGUCCUGCUAAUGCAGGAUAUUCAUCAUCUAGUCUUCUUUCUGUUAGUGAUCAUUCUAGUGAUGAUUCAUUAUAAAAAUUUAUGUCCACAUAUCUGGAAAAAAAAAUGAAUAAUAUGAAAGGUUUGUCCAAAUUCUUUACACAACUUGUAACAUAUUUUUGUGCGAAAUGAUCCCAACAAUGAGUCCCUUACUGUGUUGUGUAGUAGUGCAUUGAUUCCACCAGCCAUCUUCUCGUCUAGUUUUUCAUUGGCAAAAGGCAUGAGUUUGUAAGUUUUGUAUUGUUCUAGUGAUUGAAUAGCAUUUUGCGGAAGAUGAGGUUGAGAGCAUUAUAAUGCAAAAGUUCCUCAGUUGCGUGACUGGUUUGUGUCUUAACCCUCUGGUUCUCAUUCUCAGAGGAAAAGGCAUUGAUAAUCUAGAGUUUGGCCAAGAUGUAAGUAAACUUUGGCUAAAGGAUGGUCUAAUCAGUGUCAAAUUCGGAUACUAUACUCCUGACUGGUUCGACCUUGGCUGAAUGUUUACAAAUUUUUAAAUCUCAUCCAUUUUGUAAGGGAUUUCCAAAACACAGUUCAAAAACUAAGAAAAGAAGUCAUUAAGAAAAGAAGUCAUCAAGACAGAGAAUGAUAUGGCAUUCAAACCAGCAACAUUACCUUUCCUCCAUUAUAAUACAAAGUACUGUAUGUCAAAAUGAAUCGAACAAGGAACUUAAAAUCGUUGUCCUCAUGAUACAGUAAUACCCAAAAACUCGACUAAAAACAGUCGCACAUUAGUUGAUAUCAUUCCCUGUUGCUAAGGGAUUGGGCGAGUAAGCAGAUCAUUAAGGAAAUAUUACAGUUUAAACAGAAGCAUGGUAUUAUAUGGUGAGUUCCCCAUUGUCAUGUGUAAGGCCUGCGCACUAUGAUUCGGCUAAUGC